CGCAUGCCCAGCAUUGCCGCUGCGGGGCGCGGGUCCGGGGCAGCCGCCGUCCGGAUGGCGGAGGAUGGAGGCCGGGGAGCCGCGACCAGCCCGACGGCGGCACGGCGCUUCGUGCGCUGCUUGUACGUUGUGGGCUUCCUGGAUUUAUUUGGUGUGAGUAUGGUAGUUCCUUUAAUGAGUCUUCACAUCAAAUCUCUAGGAGCAAGUCAUACAGUUGUUGGAAUAAUAGGAUCUCUCUAUGGUAUAAUGCAACUAUUUUCCAGCACGUUUGUGGGCUGCUGGAGUGAUAUAGUAGGAAGACGGUACUCCCUGCUUGCUUGUAUUCUUCUCAGUGCACUGGGUUACUUCCUGCUUGGAGCAUCCACCUCCGUGUUCCUGUUUGCCCUUUCUAGAGUCCCUGUAGGUAUUUUCAAACACACACUUUCCAUCUCUAAAGCCCUGCUUUCUGACUUGGUUUCUGAGAGAGACCGCCCCUUAGUAAUGGGACGUUUCAAUGCAGCCUCUGGUGUGGGCUUCAUUCUGGGUCCUGUUGUUGGUGGCUACCUUACAGAGUUGGAAGAUGGAUUUUAUCGAACAUCUUUCAUCUGUGCCUCUAUCUUCCUUCUGAAUGCUGGUCUUGUCUGGAUGUUACCCUGGAAUGAAGAAAACAUUGUCAAUAUGAAACAUGAACAUAGCAAGAAAAGGACAGACAAUUCCUCACCAAUAAGAGAUCGUGACUCACACAUGAAACCAGUAACUAAUGGAGCUAUGGCAAAUGAUAGUCCUUUCCAGUCUCCGUGGGUCCAAAUCGCAACAGUGCUGAAGAGGAUUAAAGAAAUUGCAUCCUCUGAUCUAUGGGAUAUAUUUUUAAUACGGUUACUGAUGUCUGUUGCUAUACUUCUGUACUACAGUAAUUUUACUCUGGCUUUGGAUGAGAGAUUUGGGGUGAAACCCCUGUUCUCUGGAUACCUAAUGAGCUAUAGCAGUACACUUGGAGUUCUGGCUGGUUGUCUUCUUGGACCAAUAACAAGACUGUAUCAGCACAACACUUACAGACUUCUGUUGCACUCUAGCACUUUUACCUGCGUGUUGAUUCUUCUGUAUGCAUCAGCACUUGGCAUGUGGAUGGUCAUUUUGUCUUCCACGUUCUUAGCCUUUUCAACUACUAUAGGUCGUACUUGCAUCAUUGACCUCGAAUUGACCAUUGGUGGGAAUGAGGCCAGUGGUACGCUCCUGGGUGUUGGACAGUCUGUGACAUCAGUGGGACGUAUAAUUGCUCCACUCCUUUCUGGAAUUGCUCAGGAAUUCAGUCCCUGCGGCCCACCGAGUCUGGGGGUUGGUUUAGCCUUAAUAGCUAUUCUGAUAAUGAACAUAAACAAGCAAAAGUAUUGUAGCAGUGGAAAUGUUAAGUUAAAAAAUCAAUAGCUGCAAAUGUGGAUUGCAUGGAUACGUUUUACAGAAGAGGCACAGUGAAUCAGCCUGGGUUGGCACAUACACCUGCUAGUCCUGUGCAGUAGUAACAGGAUCAUUUAUGAGGGCAAAUUAUGUUCAUGCAUAGACAAGUGUAUAUAUACAUACAUAUAAAUAUAUGCUGCAGGACAGUUGUCUUUCUGAACUGGGACCACUGGAAUUCUUAUGAGAGGGACAGAUGUUAAUGUGCAGUAUUGGCUGGUAUUUUUAAUGAACUUUUAACCUUCCUGGAGGGAAUAGAAGAAUGACUUAAGUACACAGAUCCUGUUUGAGCUGAUACUUGAAACAGACUGAUAUCUUGUCAAAGGUGCAGACAGAAGUUAAUUUGUGUUAUUUAAUUAGAAAUGAGCUUUUAUUAUUUAAUCAGGAGAAUCUGAAACAUAACUUACUAAGCUUAAUUUCUGUGCCAUUUUCUGCUGUGACAAUAGAUGAUGUUUGUUUAUAUGAUUUUGUUAAGCAUACAUCGUCUUUAAGACUUAUGGUAGCCAUCUGGCCCUGAUUACCAGUCUUUCCCAGGCAACAGAUUUGGAUAUAUGCUAAUUUUGUGUGUUAACAAGCUUUAACUGGACAAUUUUGGAAUAACACAGAGUCAUUCAGACUGAAACUGAGACUGAACCUAAGCUUUAUUGAAACUUGAGUUGGUAGUUUAUGUUUAGUGAUAACUUCUACUGAGCAACUUUGUCACAAAUUAUUUCGUAAUGUUUCCUGUGCAGUUUUUGUGCCUUCAUUUUAAGAAUAAAUUUGCUUCUCAAGUCUUUUGAUUGACUUAAAGGUGUGCUGGAGAAACUAGCAUGAGUUCAAAGGUGACAUUGAGUUAACGCAUUCUUUCUCAACUCUUGGAGGCACAGGUGACGCUUUAGUGACAAGAUGAAAAAUGCUCCUUUAUUUGUGUUUUGGUCUUUGUCUGAACUGCUUUACUUUACCCUCAGAGCUGUAGUGAGAGUUGUAGUAUUUUGCAGCUUUGCUAUUGUUCGAGCACAUAUUGCUUAUUAGUCACUGUUUGAAUUUGCUUUGAAACAUACUUUGCACUGAUAGUUCCAUGCAUUUCUUCUAAAACUACUUGAAAAUGCAGCCCACUAUGUCAAAUUUGUUAUUAAUAAUCAUUUAGCUGUUUGCCUGAACACAUCUAUGCAAACGAUGUUGCUACUUCAAGAGACUCACAGGUAUCGUUUUGCACUUAUUUCCUUCUUUUUCCAGUGCCUGGGAUUGUGUAAGUCCUUGUUGCAACCUCAGUCAUUUCAGCAAUGCCACCAUGAGAACAGAGAGAACUCUGAGUUAAUGUUAUACAUUGACAUAAUGUUUUAUUACUGCUGUGAUUUCAGUAGCUGUCAUCAGAGAUAAUUACUGUAAUGAUCUGUGUUGAAUUUACUUGAGGAACCUGAGACAUUUUCAAGUAUGUUAUCUCCUUGUUUUGCUUGGCAGAUGCUUCAAAACAUUCUCACCCAACGUUGCCUGUCCUCUUUCCAUCCAUGUUUUCAAAUGGGUAACUAAAACUAUCCUGUAAAUCAGGCUUUUCUGUUUCGCAACUGUAGCAAAAGUUAAAAGGGAAGGUGGAGAGUUCCUCAAAAAUGAACAUAUUGGAGAUACUUAGGAAUGUUUAUUAUGCUUGUUGGUUAUAUUAUGUACCAGAUCACAUUUUAGAGUUGCUGCACUGUUUAAAACUGAGUCCUUUAAACACCAUAAAAUUCAACUUUACUGUAAAAAUACCAGAAGUACACGAGAAACCUUUAGGAGCUUGUGAUCUCAGGGACAUGACAAGUAAAGCUACAGAAAGAAAGGUUUUUAAUUGUAGGCCAAAAUGAAAGCACUGUGCAAACAUUUCUUUGGAAAGCCUCAGUUACAGAAAAGUUGUUUUUCUUUUUCCUUUUUUAAGGGAAAGUAAUAAAAUGAAAUUACAAUCUACCUUUA